AUGGCCAUUUCCGGUGCCGUCCAGACCUUGUCGGCGGCCUUCUCAUUUGGGAUCCUUCUACAAGCAGCCUCGGGUGUUCUUCUCAUAUAUUGGAAAGGCCAUGGAUCGACUAUAUUCCAGGACGGCCGGAGGCUGGUCCUCAUGCUGUUUCUGUUCUUUGCCGCCCUGUGGGCGCAGACUGAUUUCAUAAACCUGAUGAUUCCGUCUUCCCCGACUGCUUGCCAAGUCACUCUCGUUUUUUCGACGUUGUCUGAUCAGCUUGCGAGAGUGGGCAUGGGCCAAUUCCUAUUAUGGUCCGUAGGGCAUGGGACGAAGAUAACAGCAGAACGGCUGAUACUUCAAGCAAUAUUGGCAAUCAGAUUUGUUGUAGGGCUUUUGCUCGUGGGGUUCACGCGCCCAGAUUUUGCACCAGUUUGUGUGGCUCGCACAUCCGUUCUACCAAUAGCCAUUGUGAUUCUUGCUCUGGAUAUCAUAAUUAUUGGCCUCUUGGUCAUUCGAGCAUUGUUGUUAGGCAUGUUCAAAGGGGGGCAGUCAAACCCGCGAAAGGAGCAGAGUAAGGUCUUAAUCUUGAGCAUUGCCGGGUUUACUCUGUGGACUGGUACCAGUGCCGCAAUGCUACUAGGGCUUCCUAAGAUGUUGCUGAUAGUUAGAACUACAUUACCAUCGACAGGUCUUCUCAUUCUGGUUGGCAUUGUUGCAAUCUCUCCUGAAGCUUUGCUAUUACCAGGAGACGGAGAAGCGAUUACUCCUGAAGCAAGGUCACCGUUUAUGGCCCCUUCAUCACCGUCUCGCGGAAUCUCCCCUAGAAAUAUUGGGAAUGGCGGCUCCCCUAUAUCUGGCCUCGAUUACAUGAAGAGCGGUCGUCUCCGUGCCUUUAAUCCUUCCGCAACACCCCAUAAUGUGUUGACGACACCAUACCCAAGAAAUUAUGAAGGAGAUGCCCGGGGGUUUACAAAACUUGGAGGAGGGGAUGCAAUAACAAGACCAACAUUACCUUCUAUUUCCCAACAAAAGAGAUCCAUAUUCAACUGGUCAAAACAACCUGCACCAACAAUCCGAAGCCUAGGAAUAUCCCAACCAGUCGUCAGUGAUAACGAUAGCUCAUCGUUGCAACACUUUGCGAGAGUACAAACCAUUGAUCUUGCGACUGCGGCCAUCAAGGAGCGGGAGCGUCGCGAAGGGGCAGCUGCUAGAUCCCGGCUCGUGGCCAAAAGGCCGGCGCCUCCACCCCCUCUUCUUCCAGCUCAAGAAGGGCUGCGAAAAAGCAUCAGUGUCAAGAGGAAGGUAAUGUCGGAUCACACUCAUCAAUUAAUGCCAACAAUAUCCAGUUCCACUACAUCUGGGCUUUCGGUCAAUGCGGCGAAUGGAAACACAACGUCGGCAUCACUAUCUCCGGGUCGUGAAGAUGUUCGUCGGCGAUCACCGCGGAAUAUAAACAGUUUUGGCAACAUGGUCGAUGGAAAGGCCUCGCAACAGCCUACUCUACAAAUGAAACAAACCAUUGGAUUGCCGUCAGGUCCUAAAUCGCAAAGAAUUACCUUGGCACGGGAGGCUGGCAUGGGGGGAGAACCAACAGUUAUGUUCAUGAACGAUAUUGUUUAUGACAAUCCCGGGAUGGUGGACACCAUUAUCAGGAUGCCACCUAGGAUCUACACAUCGACGAAGAAACCAAAAAUCGCAGAGAAUUCGACGGAUAUUUCGACUGAGAAUUCGUAUGCCAUGGAGCUCAAGUCCUCAGGGUCCAUUCUACACAGGCCACGACCGUAUCAAAGAGAUGCAACAAAGGAUCGUGCCCUUUUUCCAAGUGAUCCAUCUUCGUAUCAUAGACGCAGUCAAUCUGGGUCCUCAAUUGUGAUGCGGAAAUCAAUUUUUGCGUCUCACUCUGGAAGUCCAACCCAGUUACCUCCUCUACCAGCUCCGCCGACAAGGGCAUCCAAAUUACAACGCCCAAUGCCAAAUAGCUCGAGAAGCAUGACGUUUGAUGAAAAAAUACAGUUGCUUUUUCCAGCGCCUCCAGGAUCUACAUUGUUGAAAAGCCGCAGAUCUUCUGUGCCAUCCCUCCUUCACAUUCCGUCAUUAUAUAUGCCUGAGACCCCUCCCACCCAGAACCCGACUGAAGUUUGGCAACAGGGCCGUAGGGUUUCAAAAGGGUUAAAUAUUGCCUCGUUUGGACCACAAGGUACCCAGAGUCAGGAACAUGUAGAAACGUCAGAGCCUCGCACCUAUCGCUUCAGUCCAAAUACAUAUCGAGCUCUUGCCGAUAAAGCAAACGACAGCUGGAUUCCAGGAACUCCCUCCAAUAAAGACAAUACUGGAAACUCAAUGCAGCCGCAACAUAUUCGAUCUUCUCCCGCCUAUGAUAUAAGAAUGUCUGUUGGCGAAGUAACUUCCGGUCAUGCAGGAUCUUGUGGUGAUCCUACUACAUCUAUUAAUAAAUCGAAUGAAAUGAGGGAUGUUCAGCCAACGAUCAUGCAACAGGGUCGUGCUUCCGACCCAGAAAUAGAGAUCUCUAGGUUUUCCGAUAGCACAAGACAAUCAUUCUUUCACGACGCCAACCAGGUGGUACCAAGAUCUAAAACCCCAACAUCUGCAAGCAGACCUGCAUGCAGACCUGCAUGGCAUUGGCGUGUAGGGGACGAGCCCCCAACAUUUUCCGCACGAAAAUCAAGUAAGAGGCCUCGCAAGAUGCCGCCUCCGACUCCACUCCUUUUAACUUCAAGGUCGAGAAAAAUAGGUAUCGUGGUUCAUUCCCCCGCCCCGUCGCCGAUCGAUUCUCCUGAGAGGGCGAUCAAAGAUAUCCAAGCCCAACUGAAGCGUUUCGAAGAGUCAAUCCGAGGAUCUGUGGGGUCCCUCUUGAGGCAUAUGCCAGGUGCAAAUUCAACUGUCACGGAUAGUGUUGACGAUGAGCGUGGCGGUCGCUUUAGACUUUUAGAAAGUCUUGAAAAGGAGAUGGGUCAGCAAGAAAACCAAUGGCAACAGAUGCAAUUCAACCUUCGCGACCGUAAUUCGAUGUCUGAUACUAUGACACCUCAACAACUGGUCUCCCCAGACGGAAGCUUGUCGCAGAGAUCAUCCCUAUCAUCGUCUAGAAUUGUAGCCCGGCGUGCACAUAUUACAAGUAGCAUGGCAAAAGGCGAAUGUUCUAGCCCCACUAUAUCAACUCAAAGCUCUGAUUGCUCUAGAGCAAGCAUAUGGCAGCAACGACUUGCCGAAGCCCAGAUGCAAUACUCGGAAAAUGCCCCAGCUCUCCUUCGCGGACGAAGCUUGAAUUACCUAUUACUUGCCAAGUCUCAAGGCGGGAGUCCGACACCACCUGAGAGCAUUCAAUCAGAGUCCGAUGUCGAGACUGGCUCUGACUCGGGAUUAGAAUUAUCGUACGGUCAGGAGGCAUCGAACAGGGCUCAUACUUGUCCACCAUCGUUGUGGCAGCCAGAGCCAAUUCUACCCAGAACUGCCUCUGUUGGUAUGUGGAAUCCUCCUUGUGUUCCAUCCAUCCGCGCCGUGUCUCCCGAAGCACCAGCAAGGGAUAUUAGGCCUGCACGGCGUCUUGUUCAAGAGGUACUGCCUAUUUUCAGCUCCGCCCUUUGGUCAAAGCCUUCUUCAUCGGUUGAAGUUCAUCAUAUUGGCCUGUGGCGCCCCAGAGAAGCCCAACCUAGUAGUGUUACUCCUCGACGGGCCACGCAGAAGCCUCAGCGAAAGUCGAGACGUGCGACGCUCCUUCCUGACAUUGUGGAGAGCCCCUUGCCUUUACCACAUAAAAGAGAUACACUGGGAAUCUUCCAAUUCCCAUGGGGAGAAACCUCUGAUUCGGCAGUGUACCAGCCGCCUUUCAAUCCGGGUUUACAUACGAACCCAGUUAUCAGCACCAACUUAGAUGCUAGAUCUCGACAUCUGGAACCUGAGCCUACGGAAUACUCGUCUUCAUUCUUUGAUGACUAUGACGAGCAAGAUGAUGACGAGUACCCAGAGAUUGACGAGGACCUAGACAGCGACGACGACUUCGAUGAGACCACGCUUUGGGAAAUUGCAAGCCUAUUAGUUUCAACAGAUGUUCCCUCAAGGAAUAGCCUACUUCCGCCAGCACGACAGGCAGGAGAGAUAUUUGGGGACUAUAAUGGCAAGACUGAUCUCGAAACCGAGGAAGAGGAUGAGGAUCAGGUCACUGGUAUGUCGGGCGAAGACACUCAAAGCUCAAAAUUACAGUUACCUAUCCAAUCACUUGCGCUCCCAUCUAGAGAAGGCUCAAAACUUUGGGCAGGCAGCUCGACCUCUGCUCUAGGUGCGCCCAGCAAAGGCUUGCCUCAACCUGAUUGGGAGGUCUGGAAGUCCUACCUUUCGGAAUGCCAAGUUGUUACGAGAUUUAAACCAAAACCAUCAGGAAGCCUCCCAGUUCUCGCCACGUGCAAUCUGUGGACCUCCUCGUCACCAGAGAUACCUAGUGCGGGUGUUUCUGCCCUGUGGAGCAAAGCUACAGCUGCCAUCGAGACAUCACCCAUCAAUCCAACUCUCAGGGCAUCUUCUACCUUACUGUGGACCGCAGAGCCAAAGAAAAGUGAACCCUAUAUACAUGGCCUAUUCUCUGUUAAUGUUAAGCGUUCCACUUUCCGCACCACACAAGCAAACCCAGCAGCGGCGUCUAUGAUCAGACGCCCACGGUCAUCGACAGCCCAAGUAUCCAGUCUAACAUCCCAAGGUUUAUGGGCGCACAAGCAAAGUUCAAAUCAUCCAGUUGAGUGGAUUUUGAGAUCUACAGCAGCCGAAGCCACACCACAACACAACCAUGAUACAUCCUCUGGAGGUCAAGCGCCUAAAAUGUGGACCCCAGUAGUAAGAGUUGAAGUUCAAACUGUUGUUUCGCUUUUUACAAAAUCAGUAACUAGAUCAGACUAUCGAACAACCAAUUCAUUGCCAGCAGCAAUCACUAUGGUCCGCAAACCUCGGGCGAUCCAGACGUCUCUCGAUCGAUUGACAUCCACUCAACUUUGGAACGGAAGCCAAUCCAUACAAGGUGAACAUGACUGGAUAUCCGAAUCUAGUGUCAGACCAGAAAGCCCUUCUGUUUAUUCGGAAGCAUCCUCCGGCGGGUCGUCGCCUAUUUCCGAUUCUUCGUCUGUUAAAUCUAACAGCACGAAGGCCUCAUCUCUUUGGGGGCCUUGGUGGGGAUCCAAAUCUUCAAAGAAGUUAAUACCUCGUACACCUCCUCACAGCAAAGAUUCUUCAAGUCUUUCUGCCCGACAACCGAUCUCUCUACCCCUAGCCACUUUGAGAGAAUCAAGAGUUUUGACAUCUCAAGAUCACUUAGAGGCAGAAACUCCGGUAUUGAAGGACACUAUAGUCGCGAUCACACCGAAGACGACACUUGCUCGUCCAGUAGCUACCAAGGCCGAUUGGGAUUCUGCGCUUGCCGAGGCCAUUUUACAAAGUAGACCACGCAUGCAACGCCCACGUUACUCGCCUGAAAUGUGGGCUGCAGCUCUCAGAGAAGCCAUUACCUUGAGUGCUGUUCCGAGCGUUUCGUCCACCCCCAAGCCUUACGAUGUCGCCACACGCCAUCCUGUAUUUUUCUCGGAGUUACUUGUAUCAUCUGCAGACGAUAUUCACCCCGCUGCUAUGGGACAUGUUGUAAGACCAACAAUACCAUCAGUACGUAUCAAGGAUGCUCACAUGUGGAGCGGCUUGUCUGCGAGGACAAAGUCUCCAACCAAGUACGAAUUCAUGUGGUCAAAGGAUGGAAUGAAACGGGAGUCGAAGUUUGAACACCUCAACCAGGAGACCAUACGGAGGCGCAACGUGUCAAAACCUCUUGAUUUACCAAGCGUAGAAUCAUCUGAACUCUGGAAGCCUAUUGUGCCAGUUAGCUUGGAGCGUAACUGGUUGUCCGCCACAAAGGGAUCACCUCCCGGAACAUGGGUCGCUCCUAAAGCGCGAGAACAAGAUGAGAACUCCAACUUAAGGACAGUUGCCAAGCAAUUCUCCCCUGAUAUGUUCUCUCACAUCAAGAGCGAGCCUAUCAAGAGAGCUGUUGCUCUACGCCCAUCGUCUCUUCCAAUCCUCAAAUCAAGAGAGCUUUUCAAGCCAAUGGUCCCACGUUUAGAAUCUGACAUCCACUGGCUCCACUCCACUUCCAAGGUACCAAGGACCUUUUCACGCGCACAGACAUGGACUGCUCCCUUGUCUACAGGGCCGACAGAACAGAAUAGUAAUAGAAUGUGGGAGUCUCGCUCAUCACCCGCCAUCUCAUCACCAUCAAUCUUCUCCGACGUUCAUAUCGAACCCUGGCACAGAAAGAAGAGGGAGCCGACACCCUUGAAGGAGAUCGAAAGCUGCCAGAUGUGGAGGCUCUCGACGGUAAUGCCUGAAACCCCGAAACAUUGGCUUGUUAAUAGGAGGGUCUCGCGAGUAGAAUUCAGAUACUGAUGAUAAAAUCAUCAAGCCUAGAUGAAGUUUGGGAUGUAUGUAUGCCUAGGCGUCUUUUCUCGGUGAAACGGCGAAUCAAUCAUUGUCUGCAUGUGCUGAUUGAUACCUAUCUAUCCAUUUACUUGGAUCCCAUGUUGGUUUUUAGCAAGCCUUUCAUGUUGAACUAGUAUAGAG